UCGAAGUGACUGUUUCCGGAAAAAAUACAGCACGAUUAAAAACAAUAUUCGCCUCAAUAUUUGCUCUCGCAUUUCCUUGAAGUCCGAAGUGGUCAAUGCAAGAAAAACGAAAAACUGAAAGAGUGUAAAUGCUACCCAAAUGACUACUUAUAAAUGAUAGUUGUCCUUGGCAUUUCCCACUGCCCAAUGAACGACAAAACAACAGACCAAUGAAAUGAAACAUAGCAUUUCCACAUUUUACUCGAUACCAUAUUUCAAAAGUAUAAACAAAUAUGGCAGCCGAUGAAAGUAGCGCGGUGGUAACCAAGGAAAACACAAACGACAAAACUAACCAUACGAGAGAGAAGGCAGGCUACUUGUUGAAACGUAAUAAGAUAACAAAUCGAUGGAAGAAAACGUGGUGUUUCAUAAAAGACAGAAAAAUGUGUUAUAGUAAUUCAGCAGAAGAGACAACUGCUAAAAGCGUAUGUUUGGAAGGGUGCCAAAUAGGAACGUGUGAGAUCAAAUCAAUGAUCAAUACAUUUUAUGUAAAACCGAAGACAUCACAGAGAAAAUACAUUCUUUGUGCAGAAAGUGAGGAAGAGCUAGAAGAAUGGAUGCAAGCAAUAUUCUUGGAAAGAUGUUAUGGACAGAAAAAUAGUUUAGGAUCUGAGGCUUGCGUCAUUCAAUAGAUUUAAAAUAGAAAUGUUUAAUGAUUUUUAAAAGGUAAAACCAGUAUUUUUAUGUGGGUAGAAUUUCUUUACCAAUCUUUAUAAAAAUUUAUGUCUGUCUACCAAGUCUAUCAAACACUGAUUUUCGGCUUGAUACAUUAGAUGAGGAAAUAGGUUUUACUGGCUGUACAGCACGGAUUGGUUUAAGGGGUGGUAAAACUCGAUUGCUAAUAGUGGUAGAUGUUUUCUUGCUAUGCAUGAUGGGUGAACCGUUCAAUGUCCUAAUUGCAAGGGAAUCACUUUGCGUUGAUUUCAUUUUGUUUACUGCAGAUUGACUGCUUUGUCCCAAUCUUUUGAACACUGAAGUUUGAUUCUAAAGAUUUGAAAGACUUUAACAUGAGAAGUUUUUAAAAGA